AUGGCUUGGAGAGGCUGCUCGCGGCUGGAGCUGCAGCUGCGAAGGCGCCUGGGGCGCAGGCAGGCAUGGGGGAGCAGAGGGAUCGCCUCCUGCAUUGAUCCUUCAGUGGGUUUGACAGAAGAACAGAAGGAGUUCCAAAGAGUUGCCUUUGACUUUGCUGCCAAGGAGAUGGCCCCUCACAUGGCAGAAUGGGAUGAAAAGGAAAUAUUCCCAGUGGAAACUAUGAGGAAAGCAUCCCAGUUGGGGUUUGGCGGGAUCUAUGUGCAGCCAGACGUGGGGGGCUCGGGGUUGUCCCGGCUGGACACGACCAUCAUCUUUGAGGCCCUCUCAACAGGAUGUGUCAGUACCACGGCCUAUAUGAGCAUCCAUAACAUGUGCGCUUGGAUGAUUGACGUCUUUGGGAGCCAAGAACAGAGGCACAAGUACUGUCCCUCGCUUUGCAGCAUGGAGAAGCUGGCUUCUUACUGCCUGACUGAGCCAGGAAGCGGGAGCGAUGCGGCUUCUUUGCUAACUACUGCCAAGAGGAAAGGUGACACGUACGUCCUAAAUGGCUCCAAGGCUUUCAUCAGUGGCGGAGGUGAUACAGAUAUGUAUGUAGUCAUGUGCCGUACAGGAGGGCCAGGUGCCAAAGGCAUUUCCUGCCUGGUGCUGGAGAAAGGAACCCCGGGACUGAGUUUUGGAAAGAAGGAGAAGAAGGUGGGCUGGAACUCCCAGCCGACCCGGGCUGUGAUCUUUGAGGACUGUGCCGUUCCGGUGGCUAACCGACUGGGAGAGGAAGGGCAGGGUUUCAACAUUGCCAUGAAGGGUCUGAAUGGAGGGAGGAUUAACAUUGCUUCGUGUUCGUUGGGCGCCGCCCAUGCCUGCAUCCUCUUGGCCCGGGAUCACCUCAAAGUCCGCAAGCAGUUUGGGGAAUUCCUAGCGAGCAGUCAGUAUCUCCAGUUCCAGCUGGCUGAGAUGGCGACGCAACUGGUGGCGUCACGGCUGAUGGUGCGGAACGCGGCACAGGCACUGCAAGAGAACCGUGAGGACGCCGUGGCUCUGUGCUCCAUGGCCAAGCUCUUUGCCACGGACGAGUGCUUUGCGAUCUGCAACCAGGCCCUUCAAAUGCACGGAGGCUAUGGGUACCUGAAGGACUAUGCUGUGCAGCAAUUUGUGCGAGAUAUCCGAGUCCACCAGAUUUUGGAAGGUACCAACGAGGUGAUGAGGAUGAUUGUGGCCAGAAGUCUGUUACAGGUGUAGAGUCGGGAGCUGGUCUC